CAGUACUUUCCCAUCUUUCUCGUCCUCUCUCUUCAUGGCAAGUUCAUGAAAACGUCACCGCGUCAUCGUUUGUAUGUAGAUCAUCUGUAUUCCCCUAUCGAGAUGAGGAAUUCAGCCGGGUGGACGGCGCAAGCCGUGGCAGCAUCGACUGCUUAAGACAACCGUGCAGCAGACCACACACUGGUUGCACCUGUCGCAAGUCGAGAUCCGAGAUGCUUUCCUUCUGGACAACAAUCCCAGCAGCGUCAGAUCAAAAUGCCUACUUCUGUUGCUGCGUGCGUCACUACUUCGGUUCCGCGCCAUGUGCUGCUUAUUUUUGUCAACAGAGGUUUGGCGUGUAGAGCCGGGAUGGUUCGACAGUUGGAGGUUACACCUUCCGUCCUAUAUGCAACGUAUCACCAAGUCUUCUGGGCUUCAAAGGCGCUACCACUGUACAUGAAUUGUUCAACGUCAUCAACACACGGGUACACCUGCGAAUAUAACUUUGUUGAGGUCGAAACCCGGUUUCUGCACGCCUCUGACGGCGCUUCAAUGAUGCUUGCGACUACAGUUCAUAAACGAGGUAAGGUCUGUUGUAUUGAUCGCCGUUCUGAUGUCUACCUGCACCGCCUCACUGGUAACAACGAGCCGCUCGUCAUCACAUCUAAUAGAUGUGUCAUCGUAAGACCUACGAAUAGCGUACGAUUCGUUUUAAACGCGCCGUCCAAGCCCAAAGACAUUACUGAUAUUGUGCACCACAGUGCCAAACUUCCUUUGUUUAGCCAGGUGGAAAUGCGACAGUAGCAUGAAUGCUUUUUUUUCGCUCAUAGCUGCCUCGUGUCUGACUUGCCGCUUAAGGUCCGAGUCCCUGUUCAUCUGGUUGCUGUUGUGAAGCUGCGAGACAUCAAUGAUUGCAGCAUGCCGCAUGCGUCCGAGCUUCACGCAUGUCGAAGGUGAUCUGAUUUGUUCUGACGACCACACACCUCUACUUCGCAAAGGGUUUGCCUUAGCUAGAAUGCCAUGCUACAAUUGUCCAUAACA